UCGAUUGUUUCCCCUUCGUCAUUGACUCGACACCACCCAGACGCCGACAUCACCUACUACCCUGCGCUCGACACCCGCAUGAGUGUCUGAACAGCCAGAACAGAGAGAAGCACCGAGACUCGAUCCUCGAUCAUCCUCGGCGGAAUACCUGCCCUUCUCAACCCUCGUCAAACCCCAGCCGACCGAACAUCGCAGCUCUCUAAACCACCAAAGAUGUCCGGCUCAACACAGCCCGCGGGAUCCUCCCCGGCCCUCCCGCAGACACCUCCCCUCGUUCACAACACGGCCAUUGCGGCGUCGAUAAUCUGCCCGCUCAUUAUGCUGAUCCCACCGCGACGCAUCGAUUGGCGCUUCUUCAUGCUUACGACGGGCUUCUCGGCCUCGACGAACCAGCUCGCCUACGACUGGACGGGCCAGUCCAUCUACCAGCGCGUGCAGUCGCGCUUCGCGCGCAUGUUCCCCACGGCCCUGCCCGAGCAGGCCCAACGAACCAAGCAGCUCCUCCGCGAGGAGCGCAUGCGCCGCGAGGGGCUGACGGAGGAGCAGAUGCGCGCCAUUGAGUACAAGAAGCGUAACCUCGCGCAGCGGCUCUGGUACGGCAGCGAGCCCGAGGACUGGGACGCCAAGAGAGGCGCCGAGCAUGCCAAGGCGCUGGCGGAGGGCAAGGGGUUGGGCGACUUGAUCGUGGAGCAGGUUUCCGAGGUCUGGAGCAGUGCGAAGAAGGAGGAAGGCAAAGAGGGCAGAGAGGUCAAGGAUGACAGCGGCGAUAAGAAGGCCUGAGUGGGUCGACGGCAGCAAUGCAUCAAUUAACGUGUAGGAUUAUUGAAAUAGGGACCAGGAGCUGGCGUCAGUUCGUUAUUUUGGUGGUGGUGGCGGCUCAAUCCACAUUUACACCUGGCGUUCAGGAUGAGCUGGGGAGGCAUCUCUGGUUCGGUGGCCAUCUCCCCUAGACAUACUGUACAUUACUGUUUAGCCAAGCAAUGUAACAAAAAGCAAGCUCUGAGUGUUUCGGAAAACACCAUUGAACCAAUAAUAAAGUUUUAUACCACGAGCUGCCAGACGCUUAUGCCCGUUUGCUGCUUGACGCUCUCCUUCUUGUUUUCAUUCCCCUCCCAUAUGUUACCCGCUAGACGCCAACAUGCAUAUUUUUACCAUUUCCCUCCGCCUUUCCUCCUAUUAUGUACACACACAUGCCCAUCCUUACUCCUCACGACGCCUUCUUCCUCCCGGUUGUCGGCUGACCGUCGAGCCGCAGGUCUCCCAGCUU